UUUGGACCUCACCAAUAUGGCCACCAUAUCGUGUAAAAUUCGUCACGUCCGGCUCGUGCUCAAAGGAACAACCGAUAUGAACCCUUCGCUUCCGGUAAUGCCUCCUUUUCGGCAGCGGCUAUUUCCUCGCCAACAUGCCACUCGCAAAAGACUUGUUGCACCCAUCCCCUGAGGAGGAGAAGAGGAGGCACAAGAAGAAGCGUCUUGUUCAGAGUCCAAACUCUUACUUUAUGGAUGUGAAAUGUCCAGGAUGCUACAAGAUCACGACAGUGUUCAGUCACGCUCAGACAGUCGUGCUGUGUGUGGGCUGUUCAACAGUCCUGUGUCAGCCCACUGGAGGCAAAGCACGUCUCACAGAGGGGUGCUCAUUCAGGAGGAAGCAGCACUAGCUGUUCUCCCCGGAGCUGAAGGGGAGAGGAGGGGAUGGACCGGUUGAUAUCAGCGUCUUCUGCCUCCGAGACGAGACCUGAAGACGGACUUGGACAGCAGAUGUAUUUCCACUGUUCAUGUCGACAGAUCAGUUGUUGCUGUAACUCCACCCUCCAACCCUGUCUCUCUUAAUAAAAUGUUGUUUUGGCUAAA